GAUAUCCGUAAGGCCAGAGCCGCCUUUCUAAAGCUGAAAUUUUUAAUACCCACUGAAACGCAUACACCGCUCAACACUGUAACAAAUGGGACGCCCAUAUACUUCAUGCCACCCAUUUUGGUGUCAUUUGGUGCUAUGGAAGAGUUGGCCCAAAGGAUUAACCGACCGGUGAUUGGUCUGAAUUGGACCCGUGAGGUGAGCGCACUGACCACUAUGAAAGAGGUGACCGCUUAUUACGUGAAGCUACUNACCCGUGAGGUGAGCGCACUGACCACUAUGAAAGAGGUGACCGCUUAUUACGUGAAGCUACUGAAAACGCUUGAGCCGAAAGGCAAGUGCGAUGUAUUGGGCUAUUUCGACGGCGCCAUCAUUUGCUCAAAGUAUUUGCUGAAGGGAAUGGUUGGGCGGGCGGUCAUCAUCGACGUGAUUAACGACACCCGCUUUCGGGACGAGUAUAUGACCGACGAGUAUAUACUCGAAUAUUUGCUAUCAUUCCUCUCCAACGCCAUUCCCGACUCGUUUAGAGAGAAAAUACUGCGCGACCUGAAGAAGGAGCAGGGAAUGAGUGGUAAGAUCAAGUUCAUUAUCAACGAGUUGGGCGACUUCGCCGGCAAAGGUCUGGUCGCCACUGAUAUGGAAGAGAUCUUUGAAGUGAUGAUAAACAGAAUUCAUAUGCUUUCCAAAUACCGAAUGGAAAAGAAGAAGAAGUUGUCCAACAAAUGGAAGACAACGAUCGGUAAGAAGUGGUCCAAAAAGACGGGUAAACUCGUCGUCAUUAAGCCGUUUCAGUUUGAAUUGUGCGAAGACGUCGACGAGACUAUGGAGAGGGCACGCGAGACUUAUUUUCUACCUGGAUCAAAUGAUGGCAAUGACAACAUCAUCACGGAGGCAAUCGACAACCACACCAACUCAAUAGACAUCGCUCACGCCAUAAUUGCCGACAAAAUUGUGGACGCAUUUAUAUAAUCAGACGCUUUCUUUUAGCAAUCAAUACAAAUGCUGUAACUGUUAUAUCGGA